CGUGGGGGCAGACAGCGAUUAAAGAAAGAAAGCGAAAGCGUCCACGAGAGGGCCAAAGGAUAAAUACGGCCGACGGGUGUUUGUCUUCUUGCCCUCUCCCCUGCGGUCGUCCGGAGAGGAAGGGAGGGACGCCGCAGCAUGUCUUCCCGGGGGUGUCGUGCCAUUGGCUCUGCCCUGCCUGACGGCAGCAGCAGCAGCAGCGGGAAAGGCGGAAAAACGCGUCUCCCACCCGGCGCGGGGUGGCGGCGGGGUCCCGUCGCGAAGCGAGCCCAGCGAGCACCGCACCCGGUUCAGCGUCGCUCGCGCCUGGAGCUUGCAGCAUGCCCGCCGCCGAGGCGAGUGCCCGUCGCCCGACCACGACGACGGCCAGCAGCAGUGGCAGCAGCUGCAGCAUGUCCCGGUUGCCGGAAGUGCUGACGGCCCUGGUCCUGGCGCUGCUCGGUCUCACGCCUGCCCUGCCGGCCAAGUCGAGGAACGACGACUUCUCGCUCUGGAUCGACGAGAAGCAAGUGCGGGAGUUCAGCGGCUUCCCGAUGGAGAUCUUCGCCAUCUUGGACGGCGUCGUACUUCCGUACAUACUGGACCCGAACUUCGAGAAGUACCUCCCGGUGAUCCCGUCCGAGGUGAACUCGGUCAACUUCACCUGGAAGGCCGGUGAGAACAAGAACUACUACUACGAUUUCGACGUCCUGGAGUCCUUCGACAGCUCCGUGCUCGCGAACCCGCUACUCUCCGUGGCCUCUAAGGGCAAGGUGCCCAGGAAACCGAAAGUGUUUCAGGUGUUCCUGCCAUGCCUGGGCAACGUGAGCGGAACAGCAUCCUUCGGCAUCGGGCUCAGGAUACAGAACGACAAGGGACGCUUCCUCAGCGGGACGCCGCUCCGCCUCAGGCUGCAGAAGCAGUGCGCAGACAACAGUCCUGACCCUGAAUGUGACCGGAAGUGCGCCAACGGCGGACGCUGCAAUGCAGAAAAAAUCUGCGAGUGCCCCAAGCGCUACAUGGGGCGCUACUGCAGAACAGCGCUUUGCUACCCGCAGUGCAUGAACGGCGGCACGUGCGUCUCACCUGGCAUCUGCGACUGUGCGGUCGGCUACCAGGGGCCACACUGUGAAGGAGGCAUCUGCGCCGAGAAGUGCCUCAACGGUGGAAAGUGCGUGCAGAAGGACACCUGCUCUUGCCGGCGGGGCUACUACGGGCCACGCUGCGAGUACAGCAAGUGCUCCAUCCCGUGCCUCAACGGCGGGCGCUGUGUGGGGGUCAACCAGUGCCGGUGCACACGCAGCUUUGUGGGGCCUCAGUGUGCGCAUCGCAUCGACAGCAGUGCUGCCGCCACGGUGCACAAAGACCACUGCCAGCGGCGCUGCGUUCACGGAGUCUGCGUGCGCAGCAACCGGUGCCUGUGCGACGAGGGCUUUUACGGACGGAGGUGCGCCAGACGUAGGCAUACCUAAGAGGAAGGCACGUCGGAGGAAGCAGUUUGUCUGACGGCAGCUGCGACAGACGCCGGGCCGAGACGCCAGAGCCCCGGCCGCAGCGUGCCAGGCGACCGAGCACCAUGGAGGGCCCAGCGUCGGAGCGAGCGGUUUCCAGACGAGCGUGCAAUAGAGACAUGCAGCGAGGGCACCCCGGGGAGCCGCCCGCCACUGGUCGCGUCCAGCACCGCCGAUGUUGCCACGGCUCUGCGAGAUGCGUCCUUUCUACGAGCGCUCGUACCUCCGACAACUUCGGAGAUGAGUCGCCGGGCCUCCAGAUGUCAGGGAAUGCGGCUAUGGUGCCUGGAACGCGUCUCCGCCUGGUGUGUUUAACGUGCCCUCGUUUGUGGUCCUUCGAUUUUUAACCAGCGACGUCACAUGUGUUGUACCAUCGCCUGCCGCUAUCCUGCCGGCGGCACAGCGGCGGAGGUGGAUGCAGCAAACUCGAGUUCUGCCAUGGGUAGUUCUCGAGCGGACCGUUCACAGAAGCUUCGUCGGGUUAACAUCUGGUGGGAGUUGGAACACCGCAAGGACGACGACGACGUUCAUGUUCCUCUGAUCAACUGCUGGGAUAUGGACAUCCGAUGGCGUGACACACCGGCUGCUGCAAGAUAAUCUGUUGCCACUUUUGAUGCGCGAAUGGUAUGGGACGCUAAGCACGCCGGUCGGAGAUGUGUUCUGGGCACAUCACCGUGGCACUCCGGGAGUGCUUGCCAAAUCCAGGCCCGACAAAGCUGUUGACGGCAGUGUGACCGGAUGGACAUCGUUGAUGCCUCUCAACACAGCUGGCGCCGCCCCAAGGACUUGUGCAGGUGGCGACGGAGAAUUUUAAGUCGGCUUCGACGAUGAAAGCUGUAUCGGAGUGGCGAUCGUGUUUGGCCAACGCACCUGGUGUAACGGACGACUUUCUUACAGCAGCGGCCCGUUUGUGUCGAUAGUGUGUGUACGAGCCACGCAUUUGCCCAGCGCCGAAGGUCGUUGGCACUACUGGCCAAUCUUCCCUGCGGGCAAUAAAACUUGCGCCAGUUCUCGCUCGACAUCCGAGGACACCGAGAGGUCAUCGUUAUGAGCAAUGAAUAAAAAAUGCCUCCCUAGUC